UCAGCGGGUUGGAGCAUCGUCGGUCCGGGAGGUCUCUGGGCUGAGGCGGCGGCAGCUCCUCUGGUUCCACCAUGUCCGCAGGAGGAGACUUCGGGAAUCCACUGAGGAAAUUCAAGCUGGUGUUCCUGGGGGAGCAAAGCGUUGGAAAAACAUCCUUGAUCACCAGAUUCAUGUAUGACAGUUUUGACAACACCUAUCAGGCAACAAUUGGCAUCGACUUUUUAUCAAAAACAAUGUACUUGGAGGAUCGAACAAUCAGGCUUCAGCUGUGGGAUACUGCGGGUCAGGAACGUUUCCGUAGCCUCAUUCCCAGUUACAUCCGUGACUCUGCUGCAGCUGUAGUAGUUUACGAUAUCACAAAUGUUAACUCAUUCCAGCAAACUACAAAAUGGAUUGAUGAUGUCAGAACAGAAAGAGGAAGUGAUGUUAUCAUCAUGCUAGUAGGAAAUAAAACAGAUCUUGCUGACAAGAGGCAAGUGUCAAUUGAGGAGGGAGAGAGGAAAGCCAAAGAGCUGAAUGUUAUGUUUAUUGAAACUAGUGCAAAAGCAGGAUACAAUGUAAAGCAGCUCUUUCGACGUGUAGCAGCAGCUUUGCCUGGAAUGGAAAGCACACAGGACAGAAGCAGAGAAGACAUGAUUGACAUAAAACUGGAAAAGCCUCAGGAGCAACCAGUCAGUGAAGGCGGCUGCUCCUGCUAAUCUCCCAUGUCAUCUUCAACCCUUCUUCAGAAGCUCACUGCUUUGGCCCCCUUACUCUUUCAUUGACUGCAGUGUGAAUAUUGGCUUGAACCUUUUCCCUUCAGUAAUAAUGUAUUGCAAUUCAUCAUUGCUGCCUGUCUCGUGGAGAUGAUCUUUUAGCUUCACAAGCACAAAAAAAAGUCAGUGUCUUCAUUAUUUCUAUUUUACAAAAAGCCAAAAUAUUACAACAUAUUCCAGUGAUAACUUUAAAAAUUAGAUACAUUUUCUUAACAUUUUUUCCUUUUUUUUAAUGUUAUGAUAAUGUACUUCGAAAUGAUGGAAAUCUCAACAGUAGGAGUAUGGCUUGGUUAAUAAGCAGUAUAUUCACAGCUUACUUGAUCUCUCCUUGCUUUUCUUAUGUCUCUCUUACCUCCUUUCCCUGUAUCUUACCUAGCCUCCCCCACUUCUUCAAAACAAAUGAGAUGGCAAAGCAGCAGUCAGACCAAGCCCAUUGGAAUUAUCCUUUAAUUUUACAGAUACCACUUCCUGUAGGCCAUGGGCCAAAAUGUCCAAAAUUAUUCUUGAGCACUGAUAUGAAUUACUUAGAUCUUCUUUGGGAUCAGAAUUCAACUAUCAUGGUAGGCAGUGCUUGAAUGAGAAAAGGGUCCUGGUGCAUCUUCAAAAUGAGUCCUAAAGAACAUACUGAGUACUUGUAAGUAGAAGAACAUAAAAUGUAUUUCUGACUAAAACAAAUGGCCCUUUCACAUGUGCUUUAUUAGACCCUGGGAGAGAAAAUUAACCAAGUGCUUCAGAACAGGUUUUUAGUAUUCUUCAUGGUAAAAUAAUGAAGUUCUAAUGAACUGUUUCUCCCAAGGUUUUAAAAUGUUAGGAGUUAUUCUGUUUGUUUAAAAAAUAAUAACAAACCUCUUUAAGCAAUAGAUUUUGCUUGGGUUUUCUUUAUAAAAAAAAAAAUACUAUGUAGGCAAGGCACUGUAAAAGUUCAGUUCCUUUCAGAAGAACCAGUGGAAGAAUUUAAAUUUGGCACUAUGAUCAAAACUACUAAAUUAGUAGAACUAAUGGUAUCUAAAGCUUACCAACAAAAGAACCCUCAGGAGAAUAGCAAAAACUUUGCUCAGGACAUUUGAGGUCAAAAUGAAGACGGAAGCCGUUUUCUUAUAAGCCCCUAGAGGCAGAUCAGGUAAAGCAUGCAUAGUAGAGGGAAAGGAGAGAAUGGAAAUAAAACUCAAUGUUAUGCAGAUUUAUGCCUUAUUUUUUAGCAUUUUUUAAUGUUGGGUCUUUCAAGCUGGUUUUGGUUUGUAUUAGAUCUGUAUAGUUUAAUUAACUAGUGAUUUAGUUUUAUAUUUAAGCUACAAUUAAUCUUUUUUCUUUGGUGAUAUUUAUUUCUUUGCCUUUUUUUUUUUUAACAACUUUCAAUUUUUAGAUGUUUUGUUGAAUCUAUUUAGAGCUUCACCAUGGCAAUAUGUAUUUCCCUUAAAACACUGCAAACAAAUAUACUAGGAGUGUGCCCUUUUAAUCUUUACUAGUUAUUGUGAGAUUGCUGUGUAAGCUAAUAAACACAUUUGUAAAUACAUUGUUUGCAGGAAGAAAACUUCUGAGUUACAGCUCAGGAAAAGCCUGCUGAAUUUACGUUGUAAGCAUUACUUAACACAGUAUAAAGAUAAAAAGACAACAAAAAUACCUUCAUACUUCCUUAUUCCCUCACUGCAACAAAACCUUAAACUGGGAGAACCUUAGUCCCCUCUCUUUCCUCUUCCUCCUCCACUUCCCACUUAUUGUCACCUUGUAAUAUUCAAAGAGCACUUGGAUUAUGGAUCUGAAUAGAGAAAUGCUUACAGAUAAUCAUUAGCCCACAUACCAGUAACUUAUACUUAAAGAUGGGAUGGAGUUGUAAAGUGCUUUUAUAAUACAAUAUAAUUGUUAAAAGCAAGGGUUGACUCUGUUUUAUUUUGACAUGGCAUGUCCUGAAAUAAAUAUUGAUUCAAUAUGG